CCGGGGCUGGGCCGAGCCGCCUCCUGUGUUCCCCGACAGCAGAAUGCCGAAGAAGGAGCCGGUCGCCGAGAUCUUCGAGAGUGUCUCGGACGGUCUCAAGCAGCUGUAUCGCUCCAAAAUCCGGCCGAUCGAGGAGGCGUACAAAUUUGGCGAGUUCUACUCGCCGUAUAUGAACGACUCGGACUUUGACGCCAAGCCGAUGGUGCUGCUCCUCGGUCAGUACUCGGUGGGCAAGACCUCCUUCAUCAAGUACCUGCUCGGCCGCGACUUUCCCGGCGCGCACAUCGGGCCCGAGCCCACCACCGACCGCUUCAUCGCCGUGAUGCACGGCCAGGAGGACAAGACGACGCCCGGAAACGCGCUGGCCGUCUCGGCCAACAUGCCGUUUCGCGGGCUCGAGAUGUUUGGCAACGGCUUCCUCUCAAAGUUCCAGGGCGCCCAGCUCGACUCGCCGCUCCUUCACCACGUGACCCUCAUCGACACGCCCGGCGUACUGUCGGGCGAGAAGCAGCGCAUUGGGCGGACGUACUCCUUCACCGAGGUGUGCGCCUGGUUCGCCUCGCGCGCCGACGUGAUUCUCCUCCUCUUUGACGCGCACAAGCUGGACAUCUCGGACGAGUUCAAGGAGGCGAUCGAGGCGCUCAAGGGGCACGACGACAAGAUCCGCGUCGUGCUCAACAAGGCGGACGCCGUCGACAGCCAGAAGUUGCUGCGCAUCUACGGCGCGCUGAUGUGGUCUCUGGGCAAGGUCAUCAAGACGCCCGAGUGCAUGCGCGUCUACAUCGGCUCCUUCUGGGACCAGCCGCUGCGCGGGUCGGAGUGGUCUCGCCAGCUCUUCGAGAUGGAGAUGCGCGACCUGCUCACCGACCUCAAGAACGUGCCAAAGAACGCGGCCGUCCGCAAGGUCAACGAGCUCGUCAAGCGCGUGCGGCUCGCUAAGGCGCACGCGUACAUCGUGGGCCACCUCAAGAAGGAGAUGCCCUCCUACUUCGGGGCGCAAAAGGCGCAGGCGAAGCUGCUCGCGAACAUCGAGGAGCACUUCCUCAAGGUGCACCGCGCACACUCCCUCCCUGUGGGAGACUUCCCCGACGUCGCCAAGUUCAGGGCGGUCAUGGAGGGGCACGACCUCACCAAGUUCCCAAAGCUCGACACCAAGGCAAUCGCGGCGAUGGAGCACGUCCUCGCGCACGAGAUCCCCAAGCUGAUGGCGCAGUUCCCGCAGGAGGGCACUGUCUCGCACUCCAACUCCGCGGUCGGGAGCGCGCUGACCCACGUCGAGGCGCACGUGCGAUCGACGACGCCGCCGCCGCAGCAGAUCGCAUACGCGCCGCCGCCACCGCAGCAGCAGCAGCCGCCGCCGCCGCCGCCGCAAAGCUCCUCGGAGCAGGUGGGCAGCAACCCGUACGGCGCCGCGCCCCCGCCCGCCGUCGCGUGGAGCGUGUCUCCCGAGGACAAGGCGCGGUACGACGAGGUCUUCGGCACGCUCGCUCCGGCCGGCGGCAAGGCGAGCGGGCAGACGGUGCGGCCGAUCCUCGAGCGGUCGCAGCUGCCGGUCGACGUGCUGCGGCAGGUGUGGAACCUCUCCGACAUCGACCGCGACGGCGCGCUCGACGCCGACGAGUUCGCCGUCGCGAUGCACCUCACACGAGAGUGCACCGCCGGCCGCUCGCUGCCCGCGACGCUGCCUGCCGAUGUCUGCCCGCCCUCCAAGCGCCAUCUGCUCCCCUCGUGAGGCCCGCGCUGCACGCGCCAUUUGCUCCCCUCGCGGGGCCGGUGGCGCCGCAGGGUGGGGGCAGCAAAACUACGGUAGACGUGCGCACGCUUGCGAUGGGGGAGGGCCCGAGGUAUAGUGCGGCGACGCGGGGAGGGCAGGAGAGAGUCUACCUAUUGGGUUGCCACACGCUGCUCGACGUGCGCGCGCUCGGAUGACCCGCGCCGGAGCUGCCGCGGUGUCCUCGGAUCGUUGUCACACGUGUGUGGCACAUUUGCAAACCGGGCUUGUGUUCAUUACAGGUUUACACCAGCGAAAAUCUAUAAAC